AUCCAACAUGGCUGCUCCCUUACAGACGUUUUCAGGCGAACUGCUUGUGUGAAGAAGCUGCAAACCAUGAAGGAUUUCAGCCACCAUGGAUGCAAAAGAAAUUGUCCACUGUGCUCUGCAGAUAGAAAGAGCCCACGCAGACAGAAGCUAUGAGAACAUCUUGACCCUCCUUGGUGACCUUGAUAAGUCGCACAUCACAGCAGAGCAGCUAGAAACAACGGACAUUGUUAAAGUACUCUACAGGCUCCUGAAGAGCUGCUCUGAUACCAGCGUGAAGAAGGCAGCGAAGAGCUUGUUGUCAAAUUGGAAGAGACGGUACAGCAAAGAUAGACAAGGUGUGAGACCUGAGCUCUGUCGCAUGGUUUCUCUAACAGACGAGGCCAGGGAUGGAGGAGUUUGCAAGCAGGGGGAUUCCCACACUGAUCCGGCACAGACAUGUGACAGUGCUGUGGAGAAUGUGAAGUGCGCAGCACAAGAAGCAUCUUCCUCAGUGGCAAGAGAUGGCCCCCAGACUCUUUCUUUGACUGCAGAAAGCACCUCUGCAUCCUCUAGUUUCUCAUCUGUAAGAUCCAAAUGUGUCCAGCUCCUUCUCACUGCCCUCUGCCCUGAACUUCCUGAUAAAGACAAGGCUGCAGAGCUGGCCACAGACAUCGAGCAGCACAUCCACGAGCUCCACAAAUCCAGCCAGGUCAAAUACAAAGCCUGUGUGAGGAGCAAGGUGGCCAACUUGAGGAACCCUAAACACGGGCAUCUAUGUCAGGGCCUCCUGAGCGGCUCGCUGUCACCCGAGGCCUUCGCCCGGAUGUCGACGGAGGAGAUGGCCAGCACAGAGCUCUGGCAGCUGAGGGAGGAGUACUCGUCCCGCGGUGUGAGCGAGAGGCAGCUUCCUCAAGGGAUAGAAGGGACGCGGACGCAGAAGAUAAGAUGCAAAAGAUGCGGGGAAUCAGACUGUAAGGUGACGCAGGUGUCCAGGGGGGCCCUUUUCUUGCCUGCCUGGGUGAGGCAGAGCGGGCCUGAUUCGGAUGCAAUGACCUUUGUGACCUGCAGCAAGUGUGGGCAGCAGUGGUACCACAGUGGCUGGGUCUGCCUCUGAAUCCAGACAGCAGAUUUUAUACAAUAUUCAUACUGGUGUAAAUAAACAAGUUGAUUGUAUGUCCCAUCUUUACUGAGCAACAGUUUUGUGUGAAAGGAAUUAAAAGCCUGUCCCAAAUACAGGCCUGUUGAUUUUAGUGAUUUAAGCAAAUAAUAGCCAUUAAUAGCUAUUAAUUAAACUUUUAUGGUAAUUAAUUAGUUAAUCACAGUAAAUUAAUCAGCAACAAUUUUGAUAAUGAAUGAAUCAUUUUUUAAGCUAAAUGAAUGCAAAUUUGCUUCUAUAUAAAAAUAUGAGGAUGUAUCAGAAUAUAUUAAAAUAUGAAAUUUCUUGCUUUACAAUUUUAAAAGCUGAAUUAGAUUUUUUUCUUCAGUUUUCACAAAUUCAGAUCCCAAAAUUUAAGUCAAUUUUUUUUUUUAAUCUAAAACUUGAAUUGUUGGAUCUCAAUUUGUAAACACUGAAAAAAUAGAUUAAAAUUCAGCUUUUUUAAAAUCGCAAAUCAAGAAAUUGUUUUUUCAGGUAAAAUAUUCCAGUGCUUUAAAUUCAGUGGCUGAAAACAAAAACAUAUUUUGUCUCUUAUCUGCUUCCAUAGUUUUCUUUGUUUUCUAUGAUAGUAAGCAGAACUUUUGGAUUUGGAAGGUGUAGGUUGGACAAAAUACCAUGUCUUAAGACACCAAAUUGUAUUCUGGAAAGCAGUUUUUAAAAAUUUCUGACAUUUUAUUGAUCAAACACAUGAGUGAUUAAUUGAGAAAGUAAUCAACAGAUUAAUUUUUAAAAAUAAAAUACUUGUUCGUUAAGCCCUG